AUGGCACCGCACCAGUCCAUGCUGCCAGUGCGCAGAGACCGCCCACCUUCAAGCGCCCUCCCUCGCCCUGUCCCCCUCCCCACCUCGUCCUCAGUCAACACGCGCCCUCUCGCACCACCGGCCACGCCGGGUCGUAGUCUUUGCGACUUGAGCCGCUUCGACCUCGAUGCCCUACUCGACUCGCCCACCUCGGACAACCACGGCGCCCUCAUCGACCAGGCCGAGCCCAGCUGGCUCGCCGACCAGAGCGCCUUCACCCUCGGCGCAAGGACACCUGCGCGCGCAAGAGCCACCGUCCUCGUCGACGACGAGUCGAUGCUCCAAGACGGCACGUUCGCGCAAGGCGGCGACAGCGAUGGCGAGGCGACGCAGGACGACCUCGUCGAGACGGUCGACAACCAGCUCGAGCUGCAGGUUCCGCAAGCCGAUGUCGCGUCCUCAACGACUGCCGAGCCGGCCCCGGCCAACAGUCGACCGCCCUCCUCCCCGACCAGCUUCGCGGCACCCCUCACCGUCGAGUCGUCGCCUGCCCGCGACCUGUCCGCGCCCUCCUCCGCCGCGUUCACCGAGCCGUCGGCGGCGUCCAGCGUCGGGACGCUGCCACCGGCCGUCGCGCCUGUUCCGCCGUCGCCCCCGGCCGCUUGCCCGCUCCGCCUCGACCCGCCGCCGCCCGCCGUCGAUGCGGUCGGCACGGCGAGAGCGCGAUCGUCGAGUCGGACGCCGGCCCUGUCAGCUGCAACGCCUCCUCCAGUCGACCGCCGUGCGACGCUCGACCGCCUGUCGGCAGCUGCGGCUCGUCCGCUCGUCGUCGACGCCCGCGCUGUCUCUGCGCCGACCGAGGACGUCGCAGGCCUACGCCGAGACGUGUCCGACGUUGUCGACGAGCCCAAGACCGUCUCGCCGUCGCGCUCGCCCAAAAACGAGCGGGCUCAGCAGCCGUCGCCUGCGCCUGCAGCCGUCGCUCUCGGCGCCAAGACGGCGCCGGUCAACGAGGACGAGGCAGCUUCGUCGGCGCCGCAAGUCGUCGAUGGGCCGCCUCGACCGCCGACGCGGGGCAUCCCGCCGCCGCUCGUCCAACCCGCACCUGUCGCCCGCCAACCCCUCGCGAUCGCGUCCCGCCCUCCUCGUCUCCUCGCCUCCUCCUCCUCCCUUCCGCCUCCCGCCGAGCCGGUCAAGAAGCGUCUCACAGCCGAGAAGGGCGUGCCCGACGUCGACGAGGAGGCCAGGCGUCGAGUGCGCGAGGCCAAGGCCGAGCGCGAGCGGGCCGCGCGAGAGCGCAAGGAGCGACUCGGGCGCGAGGCGGCGGCCAAGAAGGCGGGGCAGCGGCGUCCAAGGGGCGUGGCGCAGGACGAGGUGGACGGUGUCGAGGCGGCGCGAGCUGGGCAGGGCACGAGCACGACCGCGAGUGCGCACGAGCCCGUUCCCGCGCCCGUUCCUGCGCCUGCACCCGCUUGCGAGCCUGAGCCCGCAUCGGCGCGCUCCUCGCUCGCGCGUACCGAGCUCGUCGGCGGCGACGUGUACGACGACUCGCCCCUGCCCAUCCUCGCCUUCGACGCCGACUCGUCGCUGCCCUCGAUGGGCGCGCCGCUCGACUUUGCCGGGCCCGAGCAUCAGCGCGGCCGGCUCGCUCUCGGCCUCGGCGUCAAUGCGGCGCAGGCGCAGGGCGUCACGAGCACGCCGGCGCGGCCCGCCGCCCGCAAGGCCGGCCGGGAGCUCGUCGCUGAGAAGGCCGACGGCCAGACCGCGCCGCAGCGCGAGCCCCAGGUGAGCAGGGCUUCGAUCGCCUCGACGCCUGCGCCUCUCGGCGAGGAGCCCGUCGCGCCGGCGCCGACCGAGGUCAAGCUGGAGGAGCAGAACGAGGGCGACGAGCUCGGCUCGGCGUCGGGCGCGCAGGUCAAGCGUCGUCGGCGGGCCUCGCGCCUCACGCUCUCCAAGGCCGGUCCGAGCGACCUUGUCGCCUCGAUGUCGUCGGCCCACCGCCGCGUCGCACGACCGUCGAUGGGCAAGGCGGUCCGGGUGGUGCUCCUUGCGCCCGGCCCGGCGGAUCCCGCCGCCAGUACCGCCGCAGGGCCUGCGCUCCUCGCGGCAUCGGCGUCGUCGAGUUCUGGUACGCUGUCGCGCUCGCAGCGGCGCGCAUCCCGCGUCCCGGCCGACUCGGCCCCGGCCGCCAACGUCGUCCCGCCUGCGCGUGCCUCGACGGCCACUUUCGACGCCUCGUCCUCGAGCCGCCGCCCCGGACGCAGCUCGCUCGCACCUGCACCGCCCACGCCGCCGACCAGGCCCGCCAAGGCGACCCGCAUCGCCGAGUCGACCCGCAUCGAGGAGACGGUCUCGCUGUCUGCCUCCGGCACGCUCAAGACGUCGGCAAGGCGCGCCUCAAGGCUCUUUCCGGUCGCCGAGGAGCAGGUCGCCGUCCAGGAGACGGCGCAUGGAGCUACGACCUCGCCCUUGAGGGCGCCGGUCUCGUCGGCGCCGCUCAAGCCCUCGCACACGGCGUCGACUUCCCGCCCUCGGUCCGCCUCGACCUCGCAGCCUCACGUCCUGAACGCCACCGUGGCACACCAACACGUCUACGUCGAGCCACCUCGCGUCCCGCCGCCGCCGGGCAAGGUCAUCGGCGGCGUCACGCUCCCGUCGUCCUUCUCGUUCGCCGACGCCGAGUCGGAGCUUGCGGCCGUGCGCGAGGCCGAGAGGGUACGCCGCGUCGAGGAGAAGGAGCGCAGGGAGCGGCAUGUCGAGGAGGUGGUCGAGGAGAGGAAGAGGAAGAGGGACGAGGUCGGUGGGUGGGCUGUCGCGAGCAGUGGAGCGGCCAAGGAGGGGCAGGAGCACAAGCGUCAACGCCUCGUCGACCCGCUCGCCCGCUCGACCUCGUCGGCCGCACCGCCAGUCCGCUCGGCGCCGCCGCAUCUCGCCUCGUCCUCGCCCGCCCGAGUUGUCCCGCACCUCGGCCUUGCCCCGACCAUCGAGCGCUCGCACCUGCGCUCGUCCUCACCCGCCGCACAGCACGCGGCCGUGCCCGCCGCGCCUGCGCACGAGCCCGUCUCGGCGCCCGAGCCUGUCGCCCUCACGCGCGAGGCGCUCGAGCGCAACACGCGCCGUGCGGGUCCGAGGGUCGACCUCGACCGGAGAGUGUCGCUGUGGGCGUCCGAGGGGCGGCUCGAGGACGUCGAGGAGGAAGUGGAGGACGUGCAGGAGGCGGCGGUCACCGCGGUGGCUGCAGAAGCAGUGGCGCAGCAGGUCCAGGCUCGUCGGGAGCAGGGGAUGGUGCUCGAGCAGCAGCAGGAGCACGUCGAGGAGCAGGGGCAAAUUGAGCAGCCCUUCCCGACCAACGUCGCGCCCGGCCUGUCGACCUCGUCGAACGUCGUCGACGCCGUCGCCGCCGCCGCCGCCGCCGCCGAGCGCGCACCCGAGCCCGCCGCCGCAUCCACCUCGACCGCCACCGCGUCCUACGCCCAAGCCCGCGCACCCGGGCCAUCCAGCUCCUCCGCCGCAGCGGUAGCCUGCGUCUCGCGCCGUGUACCGCCGCAAGGGCCCGCACCAGCAGCGCCGGCAGCACCUCGUCGCGCUCAGGCCUCGGCGACGGCCCCGGCCUCGCCGCUCUUCACGGCGCAGCUUGGCGCGUGGCAAGCGCGCGAGCGCAGCACGCUCGGCGGUGCCCGUGGCGUCCAUGGCCCUGCACGCGUCCCUGCGCCGGCUUCCGCUGCGGCGCCGCCGCACGCGGCCGGCACGAGGGUCCGCCGCGCGCUCGAGGCUGUUGCGCCGGCUCGCCCGGGCCCGGUCAAGCGCGCGCGCAUCGUGAGCGGGCCUGCUCCGGCUCCCGUGACCAAGGGCGCGCCGCCGGUGGCGGGUCCGCGGCGCGCGCCGGUCGCCGUCCAGCGGGCCAAGGAGAACGCGCCGGCCGGUGGCUCGAGCGCCGGGGCAGGAGCAGCUGCAGCGCCCAAGACGGGCGUCGCGGCCGAGCUCGAGCAGCUGCGGCAGGCGCGCGCAGAGUGGAGCGAGCGGCAGAAGCGGCGCGAGGAGGAGGUCCGGCGGCGCAGGGAGGACGAGCGCAAGCGCGAGGCGGAGCAGGAGCGCGACAAGCUGGCGCAGCUGCGCGCGUCGCUCGCGCGAGGUGGGCCGCAGCCGGGCGCCAAGGGCGGCGCUCGCCGGGCAGAGAGGGUCUGA